AGGGGCGGGAUCGCGCUCAGGCGAGCGCGCGAGCGCGCGGAGGGGAAGGGAGGCCCCGGAGGCGAGCAGAUGCCGCGCGCAGGGGGCGGAGAAGCUGCAGCAGCAGCAGCAGCGCGGGCGCGGCAAGAGCGAGUUUUUUACGCGGCUGGAGCCUCGCUCGCGGCGAAGGGGCGGGUGCCUGCGACCCGGGUUUAUCUUUGCGCUUGGGAAAAGAAAGUACACAUUUAAUGGCUCAAAAACCUUAUUAUCCAAGUAACUGGAGAGGUUGGAGAUGGAGCCCUAACUGAAUCCUGUGAAGAGCUGCCACAAAAAAGCUUUCGGAAGCAAGUGCACAUUCUGGAUUGAGGAAACAGCCGAGGAAAGACUCCUGUUUUGCUUGACGGAUCUGUGCAGAAUAUUUGAGCCCCGCUCCCCCCAACUUCUACCUCAUUUUAUGCAUUUUGGUCAGUCAUGGCUGGGGAACUGUGUCUACUGCUCCUGUUACUGUUUUGUGGAAGAACGAUUUCCGAAGUGCAGCCUUUAUACCAACCGCCUUCUGAAACUCUGGAUUUUGGGUUUGUUCCUGCAAAGACUUACGACACCGCAGCGUACCACGAACCUGGAGCAAUAGGGAUUUUGUUUCGAUUAGUCCACACUUUCCUCUAUUUAGUGCAACCAAAUUAUUUUCCUCAAGAUCUUAUAAAAAAACUAGCACAGCAGUCGUUUGGCAAAAACCCUGGUGAUUAUCAAAAGCCAGAAAACGUUGUCCUCACCCUUCAGGCAGUUUACUAUGAGAUCGGUUUUAUAGUCUCUGCUGCUCUGGGAGUGCUGUUUGUUCUGUUGCUGCCUCUGGUGGGGCUUUGCUUCUGCAUGUGCCGUUGCUGUGAGAACUGUGGUGGGGAAAUGCACCAAAGACAGAAGAAAAAUGCGGACUGUCAGAGGGGCUGCUUUGCUACAGUACUUUUCGUUGCCGCUUUAAUCAUCAGUAUUGGUGUCCUUUUUGCUUAUGCUGCUAAUCAGCACCUCACAAGUCAAGUCAGAGGAGCAAGGAAGCUGGUGAACAGUAAUUUCAAAGACCUGAGGAUUUUCCUGAAUGAGACACCUGGGCAAAUUGACUAUUUGGUGAGUCAGUAUGACACUACCAAGAAGAAAGCACUUUCUGACCUUAAUAAUGUUGGGCCGUUGCUUGGCAGAAGAGUUCAAGAGCAGCUGGCAAAGGAGGUGCGCCCUGCGCUCGAUGGAGCCCUAACCAUGGCAGGAGCUAUUCGAGAAACAAAGGAGGCUCUGGAGAACGUGAGCGUGUCUGUGGAGGUCUUGCAGGAGGGCACUGAGAGGCUGCAUGCCAACCUGACAGAUGUUAAAGAGCACCUGAUCAACACACUCGGGGAUUCGGCUUGCACAGCCGCCCAGGCAGCAUCCACUUGCAACGUCAUCAGGAAUUCCUUAGAUCAGCUAAACAUCAAUGCCAACUUCAGCAAGUUGCCGGGAGUGAAUGCUCAACUUGCCAAAGUCAAUGAAGUCCUUAAAACAGACCUCUCUAGUCUGGUUCAAAAGGGUUAUGCAGCAUUUAAUGACACACCUGAUUUGGUGCUCAAUCAGACAAGGAACAUUUUAUCAGAUAUUAAAAAUGUACUGGAAGCUGUUGGUUCAAAUAUCACAAGCUUUACUAAAAUGCUUCCCAUCCACAAGAUAAUAGCAGACUUCACCCUAUAUCUUACUCAGGGUGAGACAUAUGCUCAAGAAUAUUUUCCAGUGGUGGAGCAGUAUGAUUUCUACAGGUGGCUGGGUUGCUUAAUUCUCUGCUGCAUGGUGAUAUUGAUCCUUGUGUUUUAUUACCUGGGGUUGUUAUGCGGUACCUGUGGUUAUGACAAAGAUGCCACUCCAACAACGAGAGGCUGUAUCUCAAACACUGGAGGAAACUUCCUGAUGGCUGGAGUUGGAUUCAGUUUUCUUUUCUCCUGGGUUCUGAUGCUAAUAGUAGUGGUCACUUUCAUUACGGGAGGAAAUAUGGAGAAGCUUGUUUGUGAACCAUUUGAAGACAGGAGUUUAUUCAAAGUUUUGGAUACACCAUAUUUGCUGAAUCAGCAGCUGAAAUACUAUCUUUCUGGAAUCAUUUUAAAAAAUCCAAACAUUGACUUGACAUUUGAAAAAGUUUACAGUGAUUGCAAGGAAAACAAAGGCCUUUAUACUACCCUGCGCCUGGAAAACCUUUUCAACAUCCAUGAACUUCUGAAUGUUAGCAUGUAUGCAGAAGAUGUAUCACUGAAAAUCAAGCAUAUUAAUAUAAAUCUAAGCAAUAUAGUUUUGCUUGAUGAGAGGGGAAAGGAGAAUUUGAUGAAUUUCAGUUCCUCGGGAAUAAAUGAGAUAAACUUUGCAGCAUAUCUGUCAGAGAUCAAUAAGAGUGUUACCAAAGUGGAUCUCUUGUCCUUUGCUAAUGAUUUGGAAGCACGAGCAGACCAAUUGCCUAAAGGAGCAUUAGAAAAUGCAUUAAAAGGACAUGCAAAUAGUAUUCGCGUGAUACAUAACCAACAAGUUGUUCCAUUGGAGCAGGCAAUGAAAUAUGUUAGAGCUAGGAGCACUUUAAACCAGAGCAUAAGGUUCCUGCAGAAAACAUCAUCAGAGCUUCCUGGGAAAGUCAGAAGUGUGAUCACUGCUGUUAAUAGUGCACAACUUCUUAUAAACAACAAUGCUUCGUUCGUUAUUGUUCAGGAAACUAAAAAGUAUAUGGAUACUAUAAUCGGUUACUUUGAGCAGUACGCUGAAUGGGUGAAAGAAUCGAUUGCUAUGGAAGUGGCACCUUGUAAGCCCAUUGCCAAUGUGGUUGAUACUGCUAUAGAUAUAUUUCUAUGCAGCUAUAUAACAGAUUCUGUGAAUGCCUUCUGGUUUGGUUUGGGUGGCUGUUCAGUAUUUCUAAUCCCUGCCAUCAUUUGUGCUGUGAAACUAGCCAAAUUCUACCGCCGGAUGGAUACAGAAGAUGUUUACGAUGAUGUUGAAACUAUGCCCAUGAAAAAUUUGGAAAAUGGUAAUAAUGGUUAUCAUAAAGAGCAUUUAUAUGGUAUACACAAUCCAAUUCUGACAAGCUCUGUGGAACAGUGGUAGUGCAUACAGGAAAUGUGAUGGCCCCGGGAAAUAAUCCUGCAAGUAGCUCCUCUGGGAAGCACCUUUCGCAUCAAUGCUGAAUUCCGAGUUCUGAGCCAUCUUGUCUGGGGCCUGUCUAGUAAACUAAUGUUGAAUGGAAAGAGAACUGUGCAAUCGUAUGCCAUGAAAUGCCAAGCCACACGGCAUCUAUUUGUGUGUGUGUGUGUGUGGAUUACCAUUAACACAUGGAAUUAGUGGCUUCCAUUCUUGUUUUCUAAUACCAUUUUUCCACUGGAGUUUCUGUCUCUCGUCACAUAAUAUAUUUAUUUAUUGUAAACAGACUGGUCUCUGGUUUAUAUUCGUUUCUGUGGGCUGUUGUUUUUCUUCGGAUUCACUGCCCAGUCAAAAUUAACUCGGUUCUUGUUAUCAUGUCCAGAGAUGUUAAUACCAUGUAUAAAAUAUGUGUUUACAUGAAGAAUACAACCUGUGUACAGACACUUUUUUGUAUCUGUGUUUUUUACAGCUGUAUUGCAGCAGAUUUUUUAAUACUUUUUGUUAUACUUCACAAGCGACCUGUUCAGCAUGACCAGUGUUUCCUUGGUGCUGUUGGGUGGCUGCAUUUGACUGUGAAACGUAUGGAAACCUGCAGUAUAUUUUGUGUCGUCUUCAGAAAAGUGAAUGCAAUUUGGCAGAUUAUUCUUCCCUAUUUCUGAAUUACCAAUUAACGUAUGGUGUCAUUAUGACCAGAAGGAUAUUGUUUUCUUGCAAGCGGUUAGCUUUAAAAAAACAACCCCCCCCCAAAACCCCAAAUUCGGCAGAAAUGUGCAACGGGAAGAUACUACAAUUUUUUCUUUGUGACCUGAAUAGUCAUAGCAAGGAGUAAGGAAAGUCAGACCUUCAGCAAAUUUCCUAGAGGGCGUGUGUGAUGGAUGCCAAACUGCACACUUAUUGGCCUAUGCUGCUGUAACACAGGCUUCCUCAGCCUCGGCCCUCCAGAUGUUUUGAGACUACAAUUCCCAUCAUCCCUGACUGCUGGUCCUGCUAGCUAGGGAUCAUGGGAGUUGUAGGCCAAAAGCAUCUGGAGGGCCGAGGUUGAGGAAGCCUGCUGUAACACCUAAAUGUAGCAUAUGUGCGCACAUCCCUAGCUAUGCAUGCCUAAUAGGCAUAAUCUUAUUUUUGUACACACUUUUUUGAGAGAGAAAGCUUGUACUGAGCAUAUAUGCAUAGGGAUGGCACACUUAUUGACCUCAUGUAGAUGUUACAGUGGUGUGGAGAUGAAAUGGCUGUGGGGCAUAAUCCCGCUUUGCAGUUGCUUCACCCAAUUUGCCAAAGGUGUGACUAGGCCUAAAGUUAAUACACUAUGGCCCUGAUGAGGUGUUCAUAGGUUUAACUUGUAAACGGUGUUAUAUAUAUAAUAAAGAAUUGGCUAUAUUUUGUUAAAUAGGUGUAAAGUGUUGAGAAUAUAUAUGAAAGCUGUUGCACCCCACUGUCCUUUUACUUACGUGUAAAAGUUGUGAAUAGGAUUGAUCUGCACAGAAAAGCUGCCAAGAGCUAUCUAUCUGAUGAUAACUAAAAGCUAUGUGAGGAAAUAUGGGCUGUUGGGGGCAUGGCUUUUAUGCCAAUAAAUUGGAGAGGGCUUUUUAUCUUUUAAGGCAGUGAUAGCCAAACUUGGCCCUCCAGCUGUUUUUGGACUACAACUCCCAUCAUCCCUAGCUAACAGGACCAGUGGUCAGGGAUGAUGGGAAUUGGAGUCCCAAAACAGCUGGAGGGCCAAGUUUGGCCAUCACUGUUUUGAGGCAACAGUCAGCACUGGGGAAUAUGGUGGGUCUUCUAAAGUUACACAUGACUUGCUGAUUUUAUUAGAUGGUCUCCAUUCAUUUGGAAACCCUUUUGGUAGAAUUUCUUGUAAAGAUAAUUUCUGGCAAUCUUAGAAUUGCUUAAUUGCAUGAUGAUGGCACAUUGUUUGCCCAGUCUGCACACUUGGGACUAAAUGCAUUAUUGUGCUGUGCCUCGUGCAGAAUUGGUGCCUUUUCCCCCAUAUCUCAGUGGUGGGAAAAUGACGCACAUGAAGCAGCCCUCAGACUGAAUGGGAAUUGGUAUUAUAUAGGGAAUAAAUUAAGUUUUUCACUAGGGAAACUGAUUAUUUCUACUAGGCAAUGAGUAGAAUGCUGUACUUAAAGUAUGUAAGUAUUAUAUCUCAAUAUCUGACAUUCCAAGUUGUAGAUUUUAAUAAGUUCCUAUUUUUAAUUUGAUAAUGUCCUCAAAUCAUUUAAAUAAAAUACCUUGAUUAA